AUGGGCGUAGAAGUGGAUGAAUCAAUGGCCAAUAUGACAUCUGGGGUAUACACUUUUUGUGUGAAUGGAGGAAUAUACCAUAGAAUCGACCAGUUAGUUCCAAGGAAAAAGGAUGAACCUAAGUUCUUACAAUUGUAUUUUUACGAUGUUGAAGCUGGGAUGUCAAAUAGACUCGAAUGGAAAAAUCUUGCUAAACCAAUUGUUGAAAUUUUGACUCGCGUUCUUGCUACAAACCCAUACGUUGCAAUAUUUCAUAGCCUUGCUGAUCUAGGACCACUCGACAAUUACAGAGUCACUUUAAAUGCAUCGGUAGAACUAGACCAAAGGGUGUACAACCGGACAACCACAUUCGAGGUUGCUGGUAUUUGGAUUGAAGAGACUGAUAUAAUAACGGGUAGGAAAACUGUAACUAUGUGGGAGUACUACUGUUACAAGUUGCAGAUUCGAUCAAGCUUGAACGUAAUUAUGUUAGGAGGGAGAUUAUUACCACAAUUCGUGGUAGAUAUCUACAUCAAGAUUGAGACUUCGCGUUUGGAAUUUUGUAGAAAAAACCAAUCUACAAUAAGAGCGGAGUUAUACCAAGGUGUUGUGGAUUGUGUCAAUGUCAGUGAGAUAGCUCAAGAUAGACCAGAUCUGGUUGCAAGAGUAUUUCGUGCUAAGUUACAUGACCUUAAGGAACAACUCUUGAAGAGGCACGCCCUUGGUGUGGUGAGUGCAUAUGUUUAUGUAAUAGAGUUCCAGAAACGUGGUUUACCACAUGCGCAUUUUCUCUUAAUAAUGAAACCUGAAUGGAAGCUCACCAAUGCAGACCAUUAUGACAAGUAUGUGUGUGCCGAAAUUCCAAACCCGACAAAGUAUCCUAUACUACACAAUCUGGUCAAAUCACACAUGAUACAUGGUCCUUGCGGUACAUUAAACGAAAAAUGUUCUUGUAUGCAAGGCGAUCCACCAACCUGUCGUUUUAGAUACCCUCGACGAUUCAACGAAACCACAACACAUGGAAAGGACGCAUAUCCGAUUUAUCGAAGGAGAGAUAAUGGAAUUGUUGUGAAUAAACAAGGUAUUAUGAUGGAUAAUAGAUGGGUUGUCCCAUAUAACCCAAAGUUGUUGAUGAUGUUCAACUGCCAUCUAAAUGUUGAGGUUUGCUCGAGUAUAACAUCAUUGAAAUACAUCUUUAAGUAUAUUUACAAGGUUCAUGACAAACAAGUUAUCCAUAUUGAUCCAGAUGCACAACCUGUUGUUAUCAAUGAGAUAAAACGUUUUCAGGAUGUACGAUACAUCUCCGCUCCAGAAGCAGUAUGGCAAAUUUUUAGCUUUUCUCUUAAUCAAAUCCACCCUAAUGUGAUCACUUUGCAAUUGCAUCUACCGAACCAACAGUUGGUUAGGUUCACUGAUGAUGAUGCAAUGAUAUCAGUUGUUGAGAGGGAGAGAGAUAAGAGAUCAAUGUUGACUGCAUUUUUCAAGAUGAAUAAAGAUAACAUUAAUACAAGACAAUACGUAUACAAAGAUUUUCCCAACCACUUCACAUGGAAUAAACAAUCGCAUCUAUGGAAUCCUCGAAAAGUAUCACCAGCAGUAGGUCGUUUGGUUUCUGCAAAUCCUACUGAAGGCGAGCGAUACUAUCUACGUGUGUUAUUAUGUCAUUUUAGGGGUCCUACAUGUUUUGAAGAUCAAUACACAGUCAAUAACGUAAGACAUCCCACAUUUCGAAAAGCGGCUCUUGAAAGAGGGUUAAUAGAGACAGAUGAUAGUUUAUCGCAAUGUCUUGCAGAGGCCUCCUUGUUUCAAUUUCCAAAUGCUCUCAGAAGGUUGUUUGCAACGAUAUUAGUUUUUUGUGAUCCUGGAGAUGUUCACAAGUUAUGGAAUGCCCACUAUAAUUCUCUCUCAGAAGAUUAUAGGAGACAAUACGACAAUGCUAAUCGAGUACAAAAUAUGGUCCUCACAGACAUGACCGUAUUCCUACAAUCUAUGGGUAACAAGCUUGAUAACUUUAAUCUCCUGACUGUAAACACUGAUUUGAAUUUACAUUCUGGAGAUUUUCGCGAGGUACAAGAAGAAUGCUCUAUAGUUGUGGAAUAUGACCAUUUGUGUGCCAAAGAGUUUCUCAAUCCUGAACAAAAAUAUAUGUAUGAUGAGAUCAUGAGGCAUGUGUGUACUGAUUGUACAGGAGUGUUCUUCAUAGAUGGUCCUGGCGGAACAGGAAACAGAUAUCUGUACAAAGCUUUACUUGCUAAUAUACGCAAACUUGGUCAUAUUACACUCGCCACAGCUUCAUCGGGUGUUGUGGCUAAUAACAUGUCUGGGGGGAGAACAGCUCACUCGCGUUUCAAACUUCCUCUAACUCCAGAUAAUAACUCAUUAUGUAGAAUCCAAAAACAAAGCGGUACCGCUCAACUACUUCGGCUUGCAAAAAUAAUCAUAUGGGAUGAAGCAUAA